AUGAGGAGAAUCACACUGAAAUGCCAAGUACAAGAACAAAGCGUGGCAGUGUUUCCUUACAGUUUUAAGUCCAUAACAUUGACCUUGAGAGAAGAAGUGUUUGCAUGUUAUGAUCAGGAAUAUGGAUCUGGAAAUUUAGGAGACAUAGCUUUGGGUCCCUGUGCAGAGGAUGAAGUUGGUAACGUGACAUUCACAUGUCAGGGAAACGAAUGGGUUGAAACAGACAACAACUGUGUUUUGUUUCUGAUCUUCAAUCUGGAAGAGGAAUCUCAGGCUUUGUCUGCAGCUACGCUACCAGCAUUCGUGGAAUCCUUAACUAACAUUACAGUGGGUAAUGAAGCACGAAUUACAAACUCAACUGGAAAUGUUAAAAGCAUUGUAAAUAUCCUGGGCAAUGUUGGACAGGUUUCUCAAGAUCUCACUGUCACCGUGGCUAUCACAGAGAAUUUCUUCAAUUCCUCAUCUAUAAUUGUGUCCAACGCUACCUCUCGUGUGUGGGGCAGUUUAAAUGGGGACAACACAACAAGGAGAGUCAGUAGCUCGUUGCUGGAAGCCGCUGAAAAUAUGGUCAGAUCCCUACAAAAAGACAUAUCUAUUGAAACUGGAACAGCAGUUAUCCAACUACGCCAAACUGUGAAUCCCACAUUUAAUGAAACACUGCAGGCAGGCUCUUCUGCAACAAUCUCCAUCACAGAGGAAGGAAACUUCACUGUCACAACAGUUGCAUUUUCUACUGGAAACAUUUUCCUACCUGACAGGAAUGGAAGUGAGAACAGUGAAAAUAGUACAUUGGACUCCAACUCCACAGACACCUUUUCUGACAAUUUCAGAUACGGCUACUCUGACAACUUCAGAUACAGAUACCCUGACAUCUUCAGAAGCAACGUCACAAACAACUCAACAGACACAGACAACUCUACGGACACACCCAGCAACAUCAAUGCGGCUGUGAUUUUAGUGCAAAUAAAUGUUGAAAUCAGUAACAUCUCAUUAACCUUUGACCUCAUAAAUGAAACGGAAGAAGGGACUCCUCAGUGUGUCUUCUGGAACUUUGACCUACUUGAUGGACUUGGUGCAUGGGACACUUUUGGAUGUGAACUCACUUCAAACUUGAAUGGCACUGUUACCUGUGAAUGCAACCACACAACAUCAUUUUCGAUUCUCAUGUCACCUUUCAUUCCUCAAGCACUAAAAGAUCUUCUUGAUUUCAUCACGUACAUUGGUGUGGGUAUAUCCAUUGCAAGCUUGAUCAUCUGUCUGGUAAUUGAAGGGAUCAUAUGGAGGAGCCAGACAGGAAAUGAUAUUUCCUACAUGCGACAUGUCUCUGUUGUAAAUGUUGCUGUGUCACUCCUGAUCGCGGACAUUUGGUUCAUCAUUGGGGCGGCUGUGUCCGGUGUUGAAGAAACUUCCAUUGGAGCAUGCAGAGCAGCCACCUUUUUCAUCCAUUUCUUUUACCUGGCCUUGUUCUUCUGGAUGCUGGUGUCUGCUCUUCUGUUGUUUUAUCACACUGUCAUGGUUUUCUCCAACUUGACUAGAACAGUAACGAUGGCUCUUGCAUUCAUCAUCGGCUAUGGUGCCCCACUACUAAUCGCCGUGGUGACUAUAGCUGCCACUGCAGGAAGCGGAGAGUACAUUAGACAGAACAGAAUCUGCUGGCUGAACUGGGACCAGUCCAUGGCCCUUCUGGCUUUCGUCAUUCCAGCAUUGACCAUCGUAGCCAUAAACUUUCUGAUAAUGCUUGUGGUGCUGUACAAAAUAUUGAAAAGAGGUGUUGGGAACACACGUCAGGACACUGACAAACAUGCCCUUGUGGUCAUCGCGAGAUGUGUGGCCAUUCUAACGCCCCUCUUUGGCCUUACCUGGGGAUUCGGCAUCGGCAUCAUGGUUGCACCAGAUGCAGUUGGACUACACAUUGUUUUUGCAGCAUUGAACUCAUUACAGGGCCUUUUCAUUUUGGUGUUUGGAACCCUAUUGGACAGCAAGACAAGGGAGGCAUUAAGUAGAACACUGAAACUGAAACCCAGAAGUACUCAGUCUGGACCUACAAGAAGUACAAGUGAUGGACCAAGUUCUGGCUCAUCAACUGUGUUGGAUUUCUUCAGGGGAAGGAGGAGGAGAAAUGUGUACAAUGUCUCAGCUGGUCCCAUCAGCUCAAGAUCUGGAACGUCAGGCACCUACAGUGGAGUGGACACCUAGUGAAGGACCUUAAAUCACUGUCGUUAUUUAACAGAGGCACCAAAGUUUUGACAGCACUGUGAAACACCAGUACUGUACAUUAAAUACUGUUUAGACCCUGGUGACAUGUAUAUGGAUAUUUUUGUAAACAUAUAGGUUUGGGCCUAUUGUUUUUCACGUAAGCAAAGUUUUGUGGAGAUUUCGAACAUGCUGUUUACACACGAUCAGGUAUUUUGAUAAACAUUUUUCUUCCCUCCAUUUUCCAAAAUAUCUAUGUUCACACCAUUGACGAAUCCACAUAAGUAUGCUGGCGAGAGAUGUCAUAAAUACUUUAAGGUUGUGAGUGGCAGUGUUGACGUAAGAGGGAAAGUCUCUGUGUGUCAACGAAAGGCACAAACAAAGGAAAAGAUCUUAAUCUUUGAAAAAAUAUCCGGGUAUGUGUAAAAAGCGUGUAAAAUGUGUGUCACUAUGGUGCGUGUCACUAUGGCACUAUGGUAUGUUUUUAAAAAAUACACAUACCAGUACAUGUAAUCAAGGCCUUAAAGACUGUACAAAAGUCAGCAUGCACGGAUGUGUAAAAUAGUGUAUGAUCAAUACUUUGAGUAAAUGAGUCGGUUCUGAAUACCAUAUUUACACAUAAUGUAUAUUUUUAAAUACUGUAACUAGAUCAACCUUUUUACAAUACUCUUAAACUAACAAAACCGGCAGUAACCCUGUUGUAUAUAUGCCCUGCACCAGAGGAAAUAAAAAUG